UGCAGAACCUGGAGUCUGUGUUUAGACAAGGGAGAGAGUUCCUCAAACUGACGGCGAAACAUGCAACAACCCUUUAUCCUCGCCCUCAGCCUGUUAUCAUGGAUCCCAGCCUUCCUCUGCAGGGUAACCACCGAGGGAGAGCUCACAGUCAUGGAGGGUCAGUCCCUCAUCGUCCCGUGUCAUUAUGACCCCCAGUAUGCCGGCUAUGUGAAGUACUGGUGCCGGGGGAAUACGAGGGAGUUCUGCACCAGUUUAGCUCGAACCGAUUCAGCCAAUCCAGCCGCGGGGAAAGUGAGCAUCUUCGACGACCCGGUCCAGCAGGUGUUCACUUUGACCAUGAGCGACCUGAAGGAGGGGGACUCCGGCUGGUACAUGUGUGGCGUGGAGAUAGGCGGCGUGUGGACCCGCGACGUUGUCGCUUCCACGUACAUCAAGGUCAUUCAUGGUAUGUCGGUGGUGAACAGCCGACUGAGUGGGGAAGAAGGGAGUAGUGUCACAGUUGAAUGCCGCUACAGUGAGAGAUACAGAGACAGCGAGAAGAAGUGGUGUCGGAGUGGAGACUGGAGCUCCUGUCUGCUGACUGGUUCUGAGGGGAGCUACGAAGACACUUCAGUGGCCAUCAGCGAUGACAGAACUAGGGCUUUCACUGUAACCUUAAAGAAGCUGCAGAUGAGCGAUAGCGGCUGGUACUGGUGCUCUGCAGGACAGCACCAGAAGCUUGUUUAUGUGCUGGUCACACCAACACCCACGACUACUGCAGUGACUGCGACAUCCCCACUUACACCGAGUCAGUCUGCUGCAUACCUGCCUCCACCCAAACCCAUCACGAAGGAGUCCUGGAACAGUCACAGUCACAUCUUGGAGACUUUGCUGGUGUGUGCCUUCAUCAUGUUUAUCGUGGGCUUGGCCAUAUGGGUGAGAAAGUUGUGGAGACGACACGGAUCCUGUGCUGAGACAAGUGAAUAUGAUAAAAGCAAGGCACAAUGGGUACUCAGGGGACGUAGGUGACCCACAAAGCGCUGCUGUCGUUUCCCAGGAGUACUGAGCUUUGCCACUGUAGUGUUUACUGUUACUCUUUGUAACUGGAUGUAAUUUUUGUGUCGGUUCACUGCGCACAGCUCAUGCUUUAUUUCCACUGUCUUUUGUACAUUACAUAUAGAUGGUAAAAUGGUAAAUGGACUGUAAUUGUAUAUCACUUUUCUAGUCUUCCAACCGCUCAAAGCCCUUUAUAAAGACAGAUUCAAUGAGGUUUUCUGAUUGCUGCUUUUCAUAUGCAACUGGCAGAUGCUGGAGAUCUUACAAGUAUACUUGUAAGAAUUUAUCAAAAUAUAAUCUUGUGGUCUUUAAUUUAAUUUUUUUUGUCAGAAGCAGCAUUGUAACUACCACUAAUGGCACUGAGGUCAUGUAUUUUCAUAUUUUUUGUUGGAAUUUGGGUAUUGUAUCUUACAGAUUACAUUCUAACUGAAAAUAAUAACAAUAAAAAACAACAAAAAAAAAAACAUUCUCAAAUACAAUACAUCAAUAAAAACAUUUUUGAUUCGAUAUUUCUACGCUAGAUUGUAAUCAAUGUGGGAAAACACUUAUUUAACAGGUCCAUUAUUGACUGAUUAUUUUCAAUAAAGUUCCGUGUAAAGAAAUUAGCAAGUUGGUGCUAUUCAUAGGGAAAAUAGAGAUAAUAGCCCCUUUCACACAUGCACUGCAACCCUGAACUUAUCUAGACUUUAGCCUUAGGAGCUGUAUGUGAGAAUGCAAAUGUCCGAAUCAGUUAGACCAGACAUUAAGCAGACUUAACCCUGCUAGCACAAAGUCUGUGUAAUGUCUGAUUAAGCCCAUGUGCGAAUAGACGUGGGCAUUGUUGGCAGAAUUCAUGGCGAGUGAGUGGGUGUGUUGGAUAUCGUUUCUGUGAUGCGAUUGGCGCAAAGCUGGAAGAGUACAAACACCCGAGGGUGAAGUAGCAGGGUCAUUAAUGCGAACGAAGACGCCAAAGGAAAAGUGUAACUGCAGAGACGACGAGAUUUGGGACGCUAAAACUUUCAGAAGAAUUCGAGGAUCAGAAAGAGACCUGGUUGUGUAUGACUAAAUAAUGAACUGAUUAUGUGACUGUUGUGUAAUCCGAGCCAAGGGGCAGGUGAUACAAUAUUACAAGAGCGGUGACAAAGAGAAGAGAAGCAAAACUCUCUCGGGUGCUUUCCUGACAAUUGCACCCUAGAUAGCACCGCGGUAGUAAUAAAAACU